AUGGCUACGCCCGGGGAAGUGGAGGAAGAGUCUGCGGUGUACUUGGUGGUGAGCGGUAUUCCUGUUGCCCUGCGCUCGGCCCAGCUACGAAGCUACUUUAGCCAGUUCCGGGAGCAGCGCGGCGCAGGCUUCCUGUGUUUCCACUACCGGCAUCGGCCCGAGAGGACCCCUCCCCGGGCUGCCCCCGACUCGGCCGGAGCGUCCACCGACCCUGCCACCGAGGAGCGGGUUGUCGCCCAGACUGAGGCCCCCGAUGCCCGCCCAGUCCCCACUCGGAGCUCCACUUCAGUCCAGACCCGCACCUGCUGCUGCAUCAUCUCGGUGCGCGGAGUGGCUCAAGCUCAGAGGCUCGUUCGCAUGUACUCGGGCCGUCGGUGGCUGGAUUCUCAGGGCACCUGGCUCCCGGGUCGCUGUCUCAUCCGCAGGCUCAGGCUACCCACUGAGGCACCAGGUCUUGAACACUUUCCCUUUAAGACCCGGAAGGAGCUACAGAGUCGAAAGGCAGAGAAUGAAGUGUUUACCCUGGCUGACCUGAAGCAGCUGCCAGAGCUGAAUCCACCAGUGCUGAUGCCCAAAGGGAAUGUGGGGACUCCCCUUCAGGUCUUUUUGGAGUUGAUCCGGGCCUGUCGCCUACCACCUCGAAUCAUCACCCAGCUGCAGCUCCAGUUCCCCAAGACAGGCUCCUCCCGGCGCUAUGGCAAUGUACCAUUUGAGUAUGCGGACUCUGAGACUGUGGAGCAGGAAGAACAUGUGUACACAGCCAAAGGUGAGGAGAUCCCCCAAGGAACCCGCUUGGAAGACAUCAGCCCCUGUGAUGAGCCUGAGGAGGAAGGAGAACAAGAGGAGGAGGAGUCUCACUCAGAUGAUGAAGAUGACCUGUGUGAGGAGUGGGAGCGACAUGAAGCACUACAUGAGGAUGUGACCAGGCAGGAGCGGACUGCUGAGCGGCUGUUUGAGGAGGAGAUUGAGCUCAAAUGGGAGAAGGGUGGCUCUGGACUGGUGUUCUACACUGACGCUCAGUUCUGGCAGGAGGAAGGAGGCGAUUUUGAUGAACAGACAGCCGAUGACUGGGAUGUGGACAUGAGCAUCUAUUAUGAAAAAGAUGGUGGCGACAAGGAUGCUCGAGACUUUGUCCAGAUGCGCCUGGAACAGAGACUACGUGAUGGCCAGGAAGAUGGCUCUGUGAUUGGACGCCAAGUGGGCACCUUUGAACGCCACACCAAGGGCAUCGGCCGGAAAGUGAUGGAGCGCCAGGGCUGGGCUGAGGGUCAGGGCCUGGGUAGUAGGUGCUCCGGGGUGCCUGAGGCUCUGGAUAGUGAUGGUCAACACCCUAGAUGCAAACGUGGAUUGGGGUACCACGGAGAGAAGCUACAGCCAGUUGGACAACAGAAGAGGCCCCGUGGAACUGGCUUGGGGCUCAUCUCCACCAUCUACGACGAACCUCUACCCCAGGACCAGCGGGAGUCCCUGCUCCGCCGCCAGCCGCCCACCAGCAUGAAGUUUCGGACAGACAAGGCUUUUGUAAGGGGUUCCAGCUGUGCCCUGGGCAGUCGCUUGGAGCCUGAGUGAGGCUGGAGGGCCCUCAGCCGCAGCACGCGGCCU